AUGUCAAAGAAGAGCAGGAAAUCACAUUUGACUACAGUGUUAGGUGGAACCGCCAUCACUUGUGCAAAACAGAACUACAACAGGAUCUGUAACCGUGGAGGUUGGGAGCAAACCAUUUUCUUAGUGACAUGUUUGCACAAUGGGGUCAGUUCUUGGCUCACGACACCGACUUCUCUAGUCCACUGCCACGGUUCGAGUUUCAAGUCGACAGAAGCGACGUAUAGAUUUCCAUCACAGUACCAAAGUGUCUGCACCUGUCGAGGUUUUGGAGUGUCACAUGAACAGCUCAACAAGAUCACAGCCUACAUCGACGCUUUGAACGUCUACCCUUCAUCUAGUGAUAUUGUCGUAGAGGUGCUGCGCACUCUUCAAGAUGGAAAAAUGAAAUUGCAAGACAACGGCAUCAUUCCAUAUAACACGUUUGGAUUGGCAAAUGACAAUCCUGUGGGUCGGCCACAGUCGACGUUGUUGAUUGCUGGUGACACUCGAAGUAAUGUACAGCCGGGUCUUAUAGCUCUGCACUUGCUGUUUGUGCGUGAGCACAAUCGGUAAUGUGACAUCUAUAAAGCCAAACAUCUUAAUAUGUAACGUCAAGCUAAUGUUACUCAACUCAGUCAACUACAACAUCAGUGUACUCUAACUGAGAAAGACCGAGACUAUCUCUCAACACUAACAACCAAACAAGCUACAAACAUUACUACUUUAUCACAACAAUUAAGUCUCAUUUCUAGAGCAAAAUGUCACUUUACUCACUGCAUCUCUUACUGCAUCAGACGAGACUUUGAGGCAAACACGAGCAGCAGCAGAG